AUGUCACCACAUCAGAACCUUACCAUCGUCACAGAGUUGCAAAACAGGAUACCUAUUCACUUUGAUCGUCAUCCGCGAUCAAGCAUACUUCCUGAGGCCGAAAGCAGUGACAGUUCUGCUGCGAAUUCCCCUGUCCUUGUUGCUACGAAUGUCCCUGCCGCUGCAAACAUUCUAAUCGCUAACCCGACUAUCGCAGAGCCGGUCGUCACAGACCAAGACCAAUCCGCUGACGCAGCACCUAUUACGUCGGAAUAUAAACGUGGCGGCGUGUCUACAGAAGCCGGGGUAGAUGGAAAAGGUUCCUAUUCAUACAAAUGGAAAUAUGUAUUAUUCUCUAGGACCAACCAGAACGACCCCCAGGAGCUGCCUGGAUUGUUUGUAAAUCGUGAACAAGCCAAUGCCGAACUGGACAAAAUAACACAUCACGAUAACAUCGAAGGUGGCAUGACCGCCGUAACCCGGAGACUCGCCUAUGUGUAUACCCCAUCCAAGUUACUCAAAGUCGAGCUCACGCUAACCAACGGCGAAGAGCGCAUUCUGUGGGUGGAGAGGCGCCUUGUGGAUCUCCAGCACGACCUCACCAAGAAGGAGCGGGCGCUCAAAAAGUGGUCUCCCAAUAGGCCUAAACUAGCUCUCUACAUCGUGGAGUGCGAAUUCAUGACGCGAGGGACCACAGAAACACCCCAACAGGCACCCGAAGAGAGCGAUGGCUCCAUCCCCGCCAUGUCCCACGAGCAAGUAGGCGCUCUUAGCGGUGAAACCGAACUAUAUCGCCUACCACUAACCAUAUUCACAGAGAGAGGGCUAGCCAACGAGCACGCCGGCACCCUGUUCCUAAAUCACUCGAGGGUCAAGGAGGAGAUCCGAUGGCCAGUAGAUGACGAUUGGUGGGCGGAACAUGCGGUGCCAAUUCACAGGGAAGCAGAAAAGGCGGCGAGAAUUCCUAAGGCGCUGUAUGCUGCGGAGAUGUACACACACGAUAUGAAUACAAGGCUGGGGUUUGACAAGAUCAGGGUGGCAGUCAGUGCGGUGGAUGAUGUGAAUGGACCGCUGAAUAUCUGA